AUGGAAAAAAGCAAUUUAAAAUGGCAAAAAGUUGUCAUAAAUCAUAAUAAAAACGAAUCGAUCUACGCCCUAAAAAGAGAAGACUCUCAACUAAUCCAAUUAAGUUCAAGAUAUGGGUCUCAAAGUCGCGAAAAUGGAAAGGGAAAACCAACAAUAAUAACAGCAAUGAAAAACAGAGAAAACGAAAUAAAGGUCGAGCAAGUCAAACCCAUAAGACUUCAUUGUCAUGAGUCUCAAGGUUUUCUUUAA